AUGGGGGAGUUCAAGGAGCUGGGGAAGUUCAAGGAGAUGGGGGAGUUCAAGGGAAUGGGGGAGUUCAAGGAGAUGGGGGGUUCAAGGAGGUGGGGGAGUUCAAGGGACUAUGUUGGCGUGAAGCAUGCGUUGCGUGAGGUGGAGGUAUACUACAACAUGGAUGUGAACUGUCUGGACCCUCUGGGGCGUAGCGCGCUGCUCAUCGCUAUCGAGAACGAGAACCUGGAGGUGAUGGAACUACUUCUGGACCACGGGGUUGCUACGGGAGAUGCCUUGCUCUACGCCAUACGGAAAGAGGUGGUGGGGGCCGUGGAGUUGCUGCUGUCUCAUAGGAGACCUGGUGGAGAGAAACAGGUCCCAUCCCUGAUGAUGGACAGUCAGUUCUCAGAGUUUACUCCAGACAUAACUCCAGUCAUCCUGGCAGCUCACACCAACAACUAUGAGAUCAUUAAACUACUGGUCCAGAGAAAAGUCACAAUUCCCAGACCCCACCAGAUACGAUGUGACUGUGUCGAGUGUGCCUCCAGCUCAGAGGUGGACAGCCUACGUCACUCCAGGUCUCGUCUGAACAUCUAUAAGGCGCUGGCCUCUCCCUCGCUCAUCUCUCUCUCCAGUGAAGACCCCAUCCUCACUGCCUUUAGACUGGGCUGGGAACUCAAAGAACUCAGCAAGGUGGAGAAUGAGUUUCGUCAGGAAUAUGAGGAGCUGUCUCAGCAGUGUAAGCUGUUUGCUAAAGACCUGUUGGACCAGGCUAGGAGCAGCAGAGAGCUGGAGACUAUACUGAACCACAGAGAUGACAGUGAAGAACUGGACCCUAGAGAGACCAGCCACGACCUGGCCAAACUCAAACUGGCCAUCAAAUACCAACACAAAGAGUUUGUAGCCCAGCCUAACUGCCAACAGCUCCUAGCUACUCUGUGGUACGAUGGGUUUCCUGGCUGGAGGAGGCGACACUGGGUUGUCAAACUGGGGACCUGUUCCAUCAUAGGACUGCUGUUCCCUGUCUUCUCAAUGAUCUAUCUCCUAGCCCCUAAGUCUGCCUUAGGUGUGUUUGUGAAGAAACCCUUCAUCAAGUUUAUCUGUCACACAGCAUCGUACCUGAACUUCCUCUUCCUCCUCCUCCUCGCCUCACAACACAUCGCCAGGACUAACCUACAUAUGCAGGGCCCUCCUCCUACUGUGGUUGAAUGGAUGAUACUACCCUGGGUACUAGGGUUUAUCUGGGCUGAGAUUAAGGAGAUGUGGGAUGGAGGUUUUACAGAGUAUAUACACGACUGGUGGAACCUGAUGGAUUUUGCUAUGAACUCCCUCUACCUGGCUACUAUAUCACUGAAGAUAGUGGCUUAUGUUAAGUACAACUCUUCCCGUCCUAGAGAAGAGUGGGAGAUGUGGCACCCUACCCUGAUAGCAGAAGCAUUGUUUGCUAUAGCUAAUAUCUUCAGUUCUCUACGACUCAUCUCCCUGUUCACAGCCAACUCCCACCUGGGACCUCUACAGAUCUCACUGGGACGGAUGCUGCUGGACAUACUAAAGUUCCUCUUUAUAUAUUGUCUGGUGUUGCUUGCGUUCGCCAACGGUCUGAAUCAGCUUUACUUCUACUACGAGACCAAGGCCUCAGACGAACCCAACAACUGCAAGGGCAUCCGCUGUGAGAAACAGAAUAAUGCUUUCUCAACGCUAUUUGAGACUCUCCAGUCUCUGUUCUGGUCCGUCUUUGGACUGUUAAACCUGUACGUGACUAACGUUAAAGCUCGUCAUGAGUUCACAGAGUUUGUGGGAGCCACCAUGUUCGGAACCUACAACGUCAUCUCUCUGGUGGUUCUGCUCAACAUGUUGAUCGCCAUGAUGAACAACUCCUACCAACUCAUCGCUGACCAUGCAGAUAUAGAGUGGAAGUUUGCCCGGACCAAGUUAUGGAUGAGUUAUUUUGACGAGGGUGGUACUCUGCCCCCUCCCUUCAACAUCGUUCCCAGUCCUAAGUCAGUGUGGUACCUCUGUCUGUGGGUUCACCAUCGACUCUGUAGGAGAGGAGCGCCCCCUGCUGACAACACAGACAAACACCCCGACCUACGAAAGUUCCCACCUCAUCAGAGAGACAGCCUGGACAACAGGAGCAACACGCGGCCGCACACCUAA